AUGGACAUUUUUAGUUUUGAUAUCAACAUGGAAGAGUAUGAAGAAAUUGAUUAUUAUUUGCGACCGUCGAGAAAGAAUCGGCGAGUACUCGGGAUUUGUUUUGCUGUGAUCUCUACGUUAUCAAUUAUCUUGGCCAUUACAGAGUAUCGUGCAGUCACUGAUGGCUAUUACUAUCAAGAUUCUAUAUUUUCCUUUACAGUGAAUGCAGCAUGGGCAGUUAUUGUAUUACGAAUAAUCAGCAUUUUCGCAGGUGCCGGAGGCUACUUCUUGAUGAACCCCUAUUAUUGGACAGCAGCAUCGAUGUGUUGUGUAUUAUCCUUUAUUUUCACUUUGCUUUCUCAAUUCCUUGGUCUCACAAUCAACUCCAACAUGAUAAACAUGGUUGUUGCUAUGCUAGUGAUCAUAGCUGAGAUUUGUUUAAUCGUCCUCAGCUUCCUUGUGUUCAUUGCUUUUAUUUAUCAGAUUCGUGUGAAAGAGAAUGAUUCCAAAAUGUCGUUGCAGCUGAAUGACCCUGAAGCUGUAAUUAUGCGCAAUUUGUUUGCCAGUAUGUACAGUCUGGUGCCUGGACUGACGUAUCUGACUGGUUUCAUGUCGUCCUCAACGAAGAGUGAAUAAACAAGUAUAACAGUGAAAG